GAGCUCUUCAAGCUCAGAGAGAUAAGGAGAGAGAGAGCGCGGAAAAAUGGAGAACUGGAAGAAUGUUCUGCACAUUUUCGUUACGGUGUUCCUCUCGAAUUUCGCCUCGUUGCUUGUGAAUCCGACGAUUGCGGAUGUGACGAUGGAAGCCGUCUGCCCUGGGAAAGACGAAUGCUCGCUCGCUAUUUACCUAACCGGCUUCCAGCAGGCGGUUGGAGGAUUGGGAUCUGUAUUUAUGAUGCCACUAAUCGGUAAUCUUUCUGAUACCUAUGGUCGAAAAGUUCUGCUCAAUAUUCCUUUGAUCCUCGCCAUCAUUCCCACAGCAACAUUGGCUGUGAGCAGGACGACAGAAUUCUUCUACGUAUACUAUGUUCUUAAAAUUUUUACGGCCAUGGUUACUGAAGGCGGCGUCAUUUGCCUCUCCUCCGGUUACUUGGCGGACAAUGUAUCAGAGGCGAACCGAGUUUCUGUAUUUGGAAUCAUGGCCGGAGUUGUGUCUGCUGCAAAUGUUUGCGGCACAUUAGUUGCACGUUUACUGCCUACCGGAAGAAUAUUUCAGGUCGCUGCAGCUGCGGCUGUUGCUGCCGCAGUUUACAUGAGGAUCUUCCUCCAGGAAAAGCCUCAAGAGGCUGAUCCUUUGGAGCAUCCAAUUUUGAAAUCAGCUACAGAGAACAAUCAAGUCGAGAAGGAGGCGCUGACGAAUGCAGAUGUUAUUAAGAAAAUUUCAUUGCCUAAGGCAAUAAUUCGGCUGCUCAGGAGCAGCUUUACUGUAUCGCUAGCUUCCAUUGUUGUCUUCUUCUGCAGCCUCGCCGAUGCAGGAGUUCAAGCCUUCUUAAUGUACUACUUGAAGGCGCGAUUCCACUUCCAGAAAGAUCAAUUUGCAGACAUACUCCUCAUAACCUACAUUGCCGCAACUGUAUCAAAUAUGGUGGUAAUGCCUGCCCUCAGCAAGUUCAUGGCAGAGGAGACAAUGCUUUGCAUCGGACUUUUCGCAGGAUUCCUCAAUAUGCUAUUUGACAGCAUAGCGUGGGCGCCAUGGGUACCGUAUGCUUCAGCUUUGUUGGGGCUCAUAUGUUUCAUGGCGGGUCCUAGCAUAAGAUGCAUUAUAUCGAAAAAAGUAGGGCCUUACGAACAGGGGAUUGCGCAAGGGUGUCUGAUGGGGAUUGCUGCAUUGGCUAAUGUGGUGUCUCCAUUAAUUUAUAGUCCUCUCUCAGCUUUAUUUUUGUCGGAUGGGGCUCCGUUCUACUUCCCCGGAUUCAGUAUGUUGUGCGUGGGGCUUGCCUGGUUAAUAGCGUUCUUGCUGAGCACAUUGAUAAAGAUUGGUCCAAUUUUGUGGAAAGACAGAUCCAGCGAGCCCUGCUUGUUGGCCUAAACAUAGACCAACAACUCCAAAGAGCAGAGCAGAGAAGCCAGUCAAUAUUAUUAAUUAAUUAAUUAAUUAAUUAAUUAAAAAUGUACAUUAGGGGCUGAGUGAGGGAGGCAAAGUAAGUCCGUCCGUCCGUCCGUCCGUCCUACAGUUUUGGAAGCUUUUUUAUAUUUGAAGCCGGGCAUAAGAUCUGCUUUUGGAAUGCAGGCUGCUGCACAAGUUCGCUCGACUCAAUUAUGCAUAAAAACUGUAAAUACACUACACUACUUCAUAAAUGCAUGCAUGCAUGCAUACAUAUAUAAACAAAUUGUAUUUAUAUAAAUAUAUAUCCUUUCAUCUUGA